AUGACACUCGUCGAUAUCCAAUGUUACUCGAGAUUAGGCAUCGGCCGCAUUCGUGUCCAAGAUGAUGAUACAAAGCGCUAUUUGACUGAAACCGUUGGCAGGCUAGCGCUUAAUCCACAGGAUGCAUCAGCGACAAUAUUAUUCACCGAAACACUUAAAUAUGUCUCUUACAUUGUUCUCGUUGCGACCAAUGCAUACGAUGAGAUGGAUUGUCCAAAACCAGAAAAAAUCAUCCGUCGAUGGAACGAGAUGUACUCAGGAGAAGGGCCGCAGUUGUGCGAGCAAGUCGAUAUUCAAUUUCCAAAUGUCUAUCGUAUUGUCUUAUCAUCAUUCGAUGAAUUAGGCGAAAUUGUGGAUAAUACGGAUUUUGGUAUCGAUCACAAUUCAGUUGCUCGAAUUUAUCUCGGUGCAGAUUGUAGUUAUCUGGAAAAUCUUCCGAAAUCGACUUCUGAAGAUCAGAUUCAGCAAGCAAUCAGCAAUGCCAUUGGACAAAUAGAACCCAUCCCCAAAUCAGAUCUUUACAUUCAGCUGAAUAAGCAAACUAAUAAUGUUUGUUUGAUUGCUUCCAAUAUGGCUCGAAAGUUGACUACAAAACCCAUCUAUCUUGGACAGCAGUCAGUCAUAACGACGGAGAGCCUCACUCUUUGUGUACUUAUUCAUUUCGAUCCUAGGACAUGUGAUGAGGAUACCAUUAUUCGACACAGUAUGUUCAAUGGUAAAGCGCGACUUAAAAAACGUCGUGAAGACAGUUUGAUUGUUGAAAUAAUGGACAAGAAAGUACUUAAUGAAUGUGUCAAGCGUAGAGUUCUACGUAUUGGCGAACAAGUAUUUCAGUUGGAGAUCUAUACUCCAUCUAGCGAUCUAGAGGAGUGUGAAAUUGAUGCUGACACUUGGUACAAAGGAGACAUGCUUCGAUACAAGGCAGACAUCAUGAAAUUUGUUCCUGAUCGUCAGCACAAGAUUUUUCGUCUCAAAUGGAACGCAAAGAACUGGCUGGAUGAAUUUCGACGUGUAAGAGAUACCAAUCUGAAUGCUGGAAACAAUGAUGAUUCGGGACAGACUGGAAAUAUAACACUUGAUCAGAUGCGACAUCGGCUUCGAGUGACUGUUAUGCUCAAUACGAUCGGAGCGAUAUAUAAGAAGGCUUACAUGAUCGAAGAUCGAGAAAUCAAAUUGAAUUUAGAUCUCAACAUGAAAACGAUCAUCUACAAUAAUGAGUCAAAGCUGGCAUUAGGAGGACCAAUGCCAUUGAAGAAACCUCCUUACGAUAGAACUAAAGUCUCAGUAGUCAAUAAAGAUUGUAUCCUUGUUUACGAAGACUUAGUGAAGAAACAGAAAAAUCCGCUUCUUUUGAAUAUGACCAAUGCAAGCAGUUCCGGUGGUGGUUAUCGAAAAGGCGAUGGAGCACAAGAAGAGAAUCUCUUCCGACGAUCGGACUAUGUACGAAGUCUCGAUGUUGGUCUUGAUCAAUAUGUCGACGACUCAUCUGAACGAUCGAGUUGUACGUUGACAUGCGAUCUCGAUUCGUCAUUCAAUUCGCGCAACAUGUAUCCGAUGGAUGAAUAUGGUGCUAUUUAUACAUCAGGUUUAACUUUUUUUCGUCGAACAGAAGACGAAGGCUAUGUUUUUAUGGAAGAGCCAUUGACAGGAGUCUGUUCAUUGGCUAUGGCUGCAUAUCGAGAUCCGAAAUUAGAUGGAAACAUGUUGGCACCGAAAUUUGCUGUUGGAACGCGAAAGAAAAUAGAAAAUAUUUUUUCAAUUGGCUAUCAUCACAAACAUGAUUGUCUUGUUUUAUCAGCUCUCGGUUGCGGUGCCUACAGAAAUCCGCCCGAACAUGUUGCGAAAAUCUUUCGCUCAGUUAUCGAACAAUAUGCAGGAUUUUUUGAAUUGAUUAUUUUUGCUAUUAUUGAUGAUCAUAAUACAGGACAAACUUUGAAUAAGAAAGGCAAUUUUCAACCAUUUUAUGAAGAGCUAAAUGAUAAAAUACUGAAACCAUAUCCACUGACCAAUGAAGCGAAUACAAUAUUCGGUCCUUAUCGUUUUUCAUCGGACAGUGUAACUGUACACGAUAUUUCGAUUUGCGAUUUAGUACCAUGUAAUUUUGGAGCCAAAUGUAACCAAAUGUAUGAUUCUCAACAUGCUGCUGAUUAUUCUCAUCCACCUGUGUGUAUUCAACAGUCAUUACAUGGGUCAUGCACGCAAACGGAUGAUGUUGUUCACAUGUCAUCAUUUAUUCAUUCGGAGCCAUGUAAACACGGUGCGCAAUGCCCAGAUAUUGACAACAAGGAACAUGCCCGAAAAUUCGAACAUCCGUCGUUUUGUCCAAGCGGAGGCACCUGUCAAGAUACAAGUAAUACUCAUGAGAAAGAAUAUCGACAUUUGCCAUUAUGCACACAUGGUCACAGAUGUCUGGAUUUUAAAAAAAGUAGUCAAGCUCAUUGUAAUUCAUUUCGUCAUUAUAUGCCUGCUUGUCAACAUGGACAAUAUUGUGUUGGUUUUCAUAAUAAAGACCAUAUGAGUAACUACAAACACCCAUUUCCUACUCCAUGCCCUUGGACUCCAUAUAAUUGUCGACUCCAUAAUGAAUUGACACAAACCUCGAAUACUGGAAAGGUGUCACAAGUUACUCAUCAACACUGUGUUGAUUAUGCUCAUGUAUGUCCGUUUGGUCGCAAUUGUAAUGAUCCAAAUUCAUGGCAUCGGGAAAAAUUGAUUCACGUUGCUCGUAUGCCAUGUAAGUUUGGUGAUGGAUGCAAUAGACUCAAUCAAGAAGAUCAUCUGAAUUCAUUUACGCAUCCGAAAAUUCGCGAUAUACGUAUUGCAUGUAAACAUGCUGACAAAUGCCAUGAAGGACAAGAUCCAAAUCAUUUAUCGAGAUAUCGUCAUUCAAUGACGUUUAAAGAUAGUGGAGUGGUUGGAUACUUUAAUUUAAAUAAAGAUUUAGAUUUUGUACAAAAUCAAAAUAGCAAUAUCCAACGCGUUUUAGAUUACGCUGAGAAGAAAAACUGGAAACAGUUCACACUGAAGUCUAUUCCAACAGAGAUCAUCAAUUCCCAGGGAGUAAAAAAAUGA